AUGAUGGUCAAGACUCCACAGAGGAAGCAGCAGGAUUGUGGAAACCAAUCCAAACCAAAGUCUUGCUUAAGUGUCUCAAUCCCUUUGAGGAUGUCCAGUUACAUAUUCAAGAGGCCAGUAACCAGAAUCACAUCCUAUCCUGGCAAUGAGGUCAGAUGCCAUCACUGGGAGGAAACCCUGGACAAGCCCCAGCAGAUGUGCUGGCAGAAGAGGCUGCAAGGUCUCCAGGCCUGCAGCAGUGCAGGGGAACUCUUAAGCACUUUGGAUCUUGCCAAAGCCUUGCAAAAACUUGUGCCUAGGUGCUCAGGUGAAUAUCUGCCAGGUGUUCUUGUAGGUGGUCUGAACCCCAGCCCCACGCCCACCCCUGCUGGGUCUUCAGAUUUGGUAAAGGUGAUUCCAGGAGCUGGUCUGGGUAUCCCACAGCUUCUGUGCAAACAAUUUCUGGUGACUGAGGAAGAUAUCAGGAAACAGGAAAGGAAAGUGAAGACAGCAAGAGAAAGGUUGGCCAUGGCACUGGCUGUAGACAGACUUGCUAGAGAGGCAGAGAAAAUGAGGGGCCAAGAAGCACAUCCUGAAAAACACCACGAGAAAAAAGAGAAGCUAGUGCAGGUGAAAUGGAGCAUGGGACUUUAUUAA